ACUGCAAGCAUUCAAUGUUGUGACCGAUUGAGUUGUAUUUAUUUUAAUUCAUCUACAAGGCGUACCGUUUAAUGUAAGUGCAUGUGUGCACUAAACUGUUAUGACGUUAAGUCGCACAGUCGACUCUUGGCCUCUGAACCCUGCAAGAAUAAUCUGGAUUAAAGAGUUGCGUCCUGUCUGAUGGGAGCAGUCCACCAUAAUCACAUUAUUCUGUUAAGGGUUGACGACUAAAGGAAAAAGGAGAUGAGUGCUGACGACCAGGAGAGACGCAACUGACGUGCGCCUCGCUUACAUCUUAACUUUGGUGCGAGGAAAAAAGGAAGAAUCAAAGAAAUGAGACGCAUGUUAGUUGCUUGCGGUAAAGUGGACGGGUCAUCAUGCGCUCAGCAUUUGUCGACUGCUUAUUGCUGACUGGAGAACUGUACAGCCAAGCGUAACAGUCUUACCAGCAUUCCAUUUUCCACUUCAUGGCCAAUAUGGAAGAGAGUAAACUCAUCUUAAACAUGGACAACGAGGAGGGUCUUUCUGCGGUCUUCUCCAAAGACAAACCUCAGGAGGACCUUAGCCCAAGCCAGCAACCACAGCCUGUCGUACUCCUGCCUUCCUCUCCAGCCUCUCCUGGCUCUUCAGCUGACCAAUCAGCAUCCUCUACAGGCACCUUUCUUCCCAACAACCUGGUCAAAUCCUCCUCCCCUGACGCCACACCAAAGCAGGGAGCCUUACAAAAAGGCAAAACGAUGCACUGUAGGUCUCCAAGCUCAGAGGUGCACCUUCAACAUAGCGGGGAAACGUCACUUUCUGCAAACUAUCGGAGCCCCAUGAUGGAGGACCAAUGGAAGGAGUACUUGAGGGCCUCGCAGGAGUUUCGUAGCAUGAUGAAUCAGACCGUGGGGGAAGAAAGCUCCGGUAGUCCGUCUAUGUCUGCUGUGGGAGACUCACCGUCUUCCCAAGGAAUAGAAGGAAGAGAAAAUACAGACCUUAAGUGCCUGAGAAGACAUGAUGGAGGUGUGUGUGAUACUUCUCUGAGAAGACGUCAACGGAGCUCCUUUUCAGAACAGCGGCGGUACAGCAGAGACACCCACUUAGAGAUCCACACCUACGGUGACACAAUUAAAGUGGUGGUGCACCCGAACAGUUGUAAAGUCGUACAACACAGAAUUCACCCCCAAUCUGGAGGCACGGCCCCGGGCGUAUCCUUACCGAUUCAAUGGCUCUUCAUAGUGGGCCUUGCGGCUUAUAGCUUUUUUAUGAUGCCCAUUCCCUCCUAUGUGACAGGUGUGUUGGUAGGGGUCACAUGUGGGGUCAUUUUGGGCUUGGUGAUAGUGUUUAUGCUAGCUGCACAAUGGUCAAUUGGCAGAGGGAAGUCUCACUACAGCAGGCCCAGAAGCAGGUCUCCACUGAAUGAGAAGAUCACAGAUCCAGAAACCCUUGAGGGCUGGAUGACUCAAACGUGUGUGUACAACCUGGAGACGUUCCAGCAGUCUGCCGCACAUCCUGUCUACGUAAGCCUGGACAGUAGCAAGCUGUGCCUGUCAUACCCACAAACGCUCGAUGGGACGCCGCAGGAGAGUUUAUUUCCGCGUUCAUGCGUUUACCAGCUGGCCAACUGUACGGUCGCACUUGCACCAACUGGUUUGGCUCGAAAGAGGGUGUGGAAUAAAAAGUACCCCAUCUGCAUCACUCUAGCGGAGGGGGAGGAGAGUGUGUUUGAAGGACAGGAGGCGGAAGAAAGAGCAAAGAGAACCGCGAUCGUCCCUGCGCACAAUGCGCUUCCUGUCGCUCUCUACCUGUUUGCAAACACGGGGCGGGAGAAACAGGAGUGGUUCCAGUGCUUUGAAUCAGCUUCCAGGAUGACAGCGGAAAUAUGUGCAAAUGUAGAAGACAGCAAGAACACACCACAAGGAGGAGAUGCUGCUAACGACUGCAAAAAGGAGCUUCAGGACCUUCCAGAACCGGAGAAAGCUGCCACUAAAAAGCCGCUGGACUACAACGCAUACAUGACACACCUUGUUGAGGGUUCUAAUCCUGCAACCGACCCAGACCUUAAUGACAAAGGAAACUCCACAGCCGACCAAAGGGUCGACAAUGAAGUGAAUGCAGCAGAGUCAAGUGCGGACUCUGGGCCAAGAUCAUAUCCAGCACCUGAGGACCAAUCUGUCUGGUUGAACUCCUUUAUCGGCAGGAUCUUCUUCAACUGUCUCCAGGAUCAGUAUUGGACCGAUCUGGUGGCCCAGAAGAUUCAGAAGAAACUCAGCAAGAUCAAGUUACCGUAUUUCAUGAGUGAGCUGAUGCUAGUUGACCUGGACAUGGGCACCUGCCUUCCUCGGAUCCUCAGCAUCUCAAAACCUACACUGGACCGCAGAGGUCUGUGGCUGGAGGUGGAGCUGGUGUACACCGGCUGCUUUCAAAUGACCCUGCAAACUAAGAUGAACCUGUGUAAGCUGGGUAAAGGGGACCCAGAAGAGUCCCAAACCUUUCCACAGGCCCAACAAGAAGGGGGCUCAAGCUCAAAGCGCAGACUGUCUACACUGGCUGAUAGCGAUGAAGAGUCGUCCAGUGUGGGCUCGUCCGAUGAAGAGGACUCCCCUCCCCCUGAGACAAAAGGGUCUGUGGGAGACAAGACCCCGGUGGUUGCACAGGACAUGAGUACAGGUGCCAGCACGGGCAAGAAGAUCCUGAAAUUUGUGGACAAGAUUGCAAAGUCCAGAUAUUUCCAGAAGGCCACGGAGAACGAGUACAUCCGGAAGAAGAUAGCCGAGGUGUCCAACGUGCCUCUGAUGCUUAGCGUUGAAGUUGUGGAACUCAUUGGAACUCUUGCUAUCAACAUCCCACCACCCCCUACAGACAGACUAUGGUAUAGUUUCCAGGUGCCUCCUAAAUUAGACCUUCGUGUGUGUCCAAUGUUUGGAGAGAGGGAGGUGACCUUCACUCAAGUCACAGAGUGGAUCGACAAAAAACUUAAGUGCGAGUUCCAGAAAGUGUUGGUCAUGCCCAACAUGGAUGAUUUAUAUGUCCCCCUGAUGGCUUCCGGUCCUGACAACCCACCCGCAGCUGAACUGUUUUCCCACCGCUCCCGUCAAGCCUCCAUGGAGCCUCAAGACUGAUGCUAACUAAGGUGUAAGACAUUUGAAAAAGGGCAGGAACUUUCUGGUAAAUUUCCAUAGGAUGUUCAGAUGAAAAAAAUCUUGAAUAUUGUCCAAUAAAAAGCAUGUAAUUUG